UUCACCUGUUCCACGUUGGCUCUUUCAGUGAGAGCUGUGUAACCCGCUGGCUGCCCAAGAUGGUGAAGCUGGACAUACACACGCUGGCGCACCACCUCAAGCAGGAACGGCUGUAUGUCAACUCGGAGAAGCAGCUUAUCCAGAGGCUCAAUGCAGAUGUGUUGAAGACGGCUGAGAAGCUGUACCGCACGGCGUGGAUUUCCAAGCAGCAGAGGAUUAACUUGGACAGACUGAUCAUAACAAGUGCCGAAGCCUCUCCUGCUGAAUGCUGCCAGCAUGCUAAAAUCCUGGAGGACACACAGUUUGUGGACGGGUAUAAGCAGCUGGGAUUUCAGGAGACGGCUUACGGAGAAUUCCUAAACAGGCUGAGAGAGAACCCGAGGCUUAUUGCGUCCUGCCUGGUUGCCGGAGAGAAGCUCAACCAGGACAACACCCAGAGCGUCAUCCACACGGUCUUCACCUCGAUUUAUGGCAACUGCAUCAUGCAGGAGGAUGAGAGCUACCUCCUGCAGGUCCUCCGCUACCUGAUUGAGUUUGAACUCAAGGAGAGCGACAACCCUCGGCGGCUGUUGAGACGGGGCACCUGUGCCUUCAGCAUCUUAUUCAAACUGUUCUCUGAAGGACUCUUUUCUGCAAAACUCUUUCUCACUGCAACUUUACAUGAGCCAAUCAUGCAGCUUCUGGUUGAAGAUGAAGACCACCUGGAAACUGAUCCAAACAAGUUAAUCGAGAGAUUCUCCCCGGUACAACAGGAAAAGUUAUUUGGAGAGAAAGGCACAGAAAAGUUCAAGCAGAGAGUCCAAGAGAUGGUUGACUCCAAUGAGGCCAAGCUGGUGACCUUGGUGAACAAAUUCAUUGGCUAUCUCAAACAAAACACAUACUGUUUUCCUCACAGCUUGAGAUGGAUUGUGUCACAAAUGUACAAAACGCUCUCGUGUGUAGACAGGCUGGAGGUUGGGGAGGUCAGAGCAAUGUGCACAGAUCUUCUCCUAGCGUGUUUCAUCUGCCCUGCAAUUGUUAACCCAGAACAGUACGGGAUAAUUUCCGAUGCUCCUAUAAAUGAGGUGGCAAGAUUUAAUCUGAUGCAGGUUGGGAGGCUUCUGCAGCAAUUAGCAAUGACAGGUUCUGAAGAGGGAGAUCCACGUUUGAAGAGCAACCUUGCUAAAUUUGACAAAAGCUGUGUCGCUGCUUUCCUGGAUGUAGUUAUUGAUGGGCGUGCGGUUGAAACUCCUCCGAUGUCUUCUGUCAACCUUCUGGAGGGGUUGAGUAGAACCGUGGUGUACAUGACGUACAGCCAGCUGACUACUCUGGUUGGCUUUAUGCGGAAUGUGAUGUCGAGUGAUCAGCUUAAGGAAGAUCGGAUGGCUUUAGAAAACUUGCUGGCGAACUUACCCCAGAACAAACCAGGGAAGAGCAGCAGCCUUGAAAUGACUCCUUAUAAUACCCCACAGCUUUCCCCUGCAACUACUCCGGCUAACAAAAAAAAUCGAUUACCAAUAGGACAGCAAUUGGCAGCCAUUACUGCCUGGGAUACUUCUGCUACCAAUCUUUCAGCUCAUAUAACUCUAGUAACCCCUUUUGCAACUCGCAGUAGAAGUAGAUCGAAUAUUCUCAUGGAUCAGCACGGAGAUCAUGAAGGAUCGUCCCAGGAGACUAUUCCAGAAGUUCAGCCGGAAGAAGUGCUGGUGAUUUCUUUGGGGACAGGCCCCCAGAUUACUCCAGGAAUGAUGUCAGAAAACGAGGUCUUAAAUAUGCAGCUUGCAGAUGGCGGACAAGGAGAUGUCCCCGUUGAUGAAAACAAACUCCAUGGUAAACCUGAUAAAACCUUGCGCUUUUCCCUCUGCAGUGAUAAUCUGGAAGGAAUAUCUGAAGGCCCUUCCAAUCGCUCCAACUCGGUGUCGUCUCUGGAUUUGGAAGGGGAGUCGGUGUCGGAGCUGGGCGCGGGCCCCUCCGGCAGCAACGGGGUCGAGGCGCUGCAGCUGCUGGAGCACGAGCAAGCCACAACUCAGGAUAACCUUGAUGACAAGCUCCGUAAAUUUGAAAUCCGUGAUAUGAUGGGGUUGACUGAUGACAGAGAUAUAUCAGAAACUGUGAGCGAAACUUGGAGUACAGAUGUCUUGGGAAGUGACUUUGAUCCAAAUAUUGAUGAAGAUCGUUUGCAAGAAAUAGCAGAGCUGCCUUCAGGAAGCCUGUAUCUAGCUAUACGCUUCGGCUUUACUUUUGCAGGUGCGGCUGCAGAGAACAUGCUAGGCAGCUUGCUGUGUUUGCCAGGUUCAGGAUCCGUGUUGCUUGAUCCCUGCACAGGUUCAACCAUAUCAGAAACCACGAGUGAGGCGUGGAGCGUGGAGGUGUUACCAAGUGAUUCAGAGGCCCCAGACUUAAAACAGGAGGAACGACUACAAGAACUGGAAAGCUGUUCUGGGCUGGGCAGCACGUCUGAUGACACGGAUGUGAGGGAGGUCAGUUCACGACCCAGUACGCCCGGCCUCAGCGUUGUAUCAGGUAUUAGUGCGACAUCUGAAGAUAUUCCUAAUAAGAUUGAGGAUCUCCGGUCAGAAUGUAGCUCUGACUUUGGGGGAAAAGACUCCGUGACAAGUCCUGACAUGGAUGAAACGGCCCACGGAGCCAGUCAGUUGACAUCUCCUCCUUCUCAGACAGACUCUUUGCUUGCAUUGUUUGACCCUCUGUCAUCUAAUGAGGGUGUCUCGGCUGUAGUAAGGCCUAAAGUACACUACGCCAGACCCUCGCACCCGCCGCCGGACCCACCGAUCCUGGAGGGGGCUAUGGGAGGUAACGAGGCCCGGUUACCCAACUUCGGCUCUCACGCUUUGAUCCCGACGGAUUUGGAAGCGUUCAAGCAGAGACACUCCUACCCCGAGAGGCUGGUGCGCAGCAGGAGCUCGGACAUCGUGUCCUCGGUUCGGAGACCCAUGAGUGACCCGGGGUGGAACAGGCGGCUUGGGAAUGAGGAGAGGGAGCUCCCCAUGCCGACCCCCGGCACCGGGGCAGCUGUGCUGGUGGCUGCAUCCCAGUCGUCGUCUUCGUCUCCCAGUAAAGACUCCUCCAGGGGAGAGAUUGAAGAACGAAAAGACAGUGAUGAUGAGAAGUCUGACAGAAACAAGCCCUGGUGGAAGAAGCGUUUUGUGUCUGCCAUGCCCAGAGCUCCUAUUCCAUUUAGGAAGAAAGAAAAACAAGAAAAGGACAAAGACGACAUGGUGCCUGACAGAUACUCAACGCUUCAAGACGAUCCCAGCCCGAGGCUCAGCGCGCAGGCACAAGCUGCAGAGGACAUUCUGGACAAGUACAGGAAUGCAAUUAAGAGAACCAGUCCGAGUGAAGGAGCCAUAGUAAACUAUGACGGUGCGGAAGCUAUUGGGGAUGGUGAGAGUAUGCAUGACUCUCCGCGUGACGAGGCUUUGCAGAACAUGUCUGCAGAUGAUCUCCCAGACUCUGCGAGUCAAGUAGCACAGCCACAGAGUUCUGCUUUCUCCUACAGGGAUGCAAAGAAGAAAUUGAGAUUGGCUCUUUGUUCAGCAGAUUCUGUUGCCUUCCCGAUGUUGACACAUUCAACAAGGAAUGGUCUGCCGGACCACAUGGACCCCGAGGAUAAUGAAAUUGUGUGCUUCUUGAAAGUUCAGCUAGCUGAAGCUAUUAACCUCCAAGACAAGAACUUGAUGGCCCAGCUGCAGGAGACAAUGCGCUGUGUAAGCCGCUUUGAUAACAGGACCUGUCGAAAGCUGCUGGCAUCUAUUGCAGAGGACUACAGGAAGAGAGCUCCAUAUAUUGCUUAUUUAACUCGAUGUCGCCAAGGCCUGCAGACGACACAAGCACACUUGGAAAGGCUGUUGCAGAGAGUGCUGCGAGAUAAAGAAGUGGCCAACAGAUACUUCACUACAGUGUGUGUGAGGUUACUGCUAGAGAGCAAAGAGAAGAAAAUAAGGGAGUUUAUUCAAGAUUUCCAGAAACUCACGGCAGCAGAUGAUAAAACAGCCCAAGUUGAGGAUUUUCUUCAGUUCCUGUACGGGGCUAUGGCUCAGGAUGCCAUAUGGCAGAACGCCAGCGAAGAACAGCUCCAGGAUGCACAAUUAGCCAUAGAACGCAGUGUGAUGAAUCGUAUUUUCAAACUGGCGUUCUACCCUAAUCAGGAUGGAGAUAUUUUGCGUGACCAGGUCCUUCACGAGCACAUACAGAGGUUAUCGAAAGUAGUGACUGCAAACCACAAAGCACUUCAGAUACCUGAGGUAUAUCUCCGGGAGGCACCAUGGCCAUCUGCACAGUCUGAAAUCCGCACAAUAAGCGCUUACAAAACCCCCCGAGACAAAGUACAGUGCAUCCUGCGAAUGUGCUCAACCAUCAUGAACCUGCUUAGUCUGGCAAAUGAAGAUUCAGUACCUGGGGCAGAUGAUUUUGUUCCUGUUCUGGUCUUUGUCCUCAUAAAGGCAAAUCCACCUUGCUUGCUGUCCACUGUUCAGUACAUUAGUAGUUUCUAUGCCAACUGUUUAUCUGGAGAAGAAUCAUACUGGUGGAUGCAGUUCACAGCAGCAGUUGAAUUCAUUAAAACUAUUGAUGAUCGCAAGUAACUCAAACAGCACACGUGUGGGCAGACUGUUAGCAGAAGAAGAGUCUGAAAGAAUGUACAACAGCUGCAAAAGCUGAAGAAGAGACUUUCCUUGUAUAAUACUGUACAGAAUUGAGGCAUUUUAAAACACACCUUUACUAAUCAAAUUUAAUUUAACAGAUUUUUCCCUCUUCUCUUUCGGUUGCGAUUUUUCUCCCCUGUAGACACUGGCACUGCAAAAGGGACCACAGUUUUCAGGUAUUUUGGAAUCUCAAAACAUGCAGAAAAUUCUUGACGCUUUUCCCACCACCCCUCUUCCUGAAUUCUUGCUCACGUCAAUAAUUCACCUCCUUUAAUUUCUAAUAGAAAACCGAAACAAGAAGAAUCAGGGCAACCACUUAGUAUACUUUCUAGCUUAAUACACCUUUUCUUAAUAAACACCAGCCACACUGAAAGUUUGUAGUAGCUGACAUUAGUUAUCAGUUCUAUUUCACCUAAACCCAAAAUCUGAGAGGACAGUGUAAAUAUUAUAUAACUAUAUUUAAUGCAUUGCAAUUCUCUUCGGACUCCUUACCCUUUGAAUAAACAAGCAAAAGCCUCUCUGACCUCUAACAGGUUGUGACAUACUGUGUUGUGGUAAUGAAAGGACUUCCUCGAAAGGCUAAGAUGAAAAAAGGGCAAACUGAACUAUUUAUUAAAAUGUAAUUAAAAAUUACUGAAAUUUCUAAAACUGGAAUUUAUAAUAGGGCUUAUUAGGUAGCUAAACACUUUUUGGCUAGGGCAUUAGGGUGUUACAAAGGUUUGGAUAUAUAGAGGAGAGGGACUGUAAGUUACAAUAGAUAAGUCUAAUAUAAAGAAGAAGAAAUAAAAUACCUUACUGUAAUAUUUUUUCUGAGCUAUUGUGUAUACUGUACAAACCCCAAACAGAGAACCUUAACAGAACCUUGGACUGUAAUAUAUAUUUUGAUUAGUGACAUUAAAUACAUAUGCCAGGGGUUUCAGUGAA